AUGAAGUCGUCCAUUGCCACCUUCUGGGGCCUGGCUACCACGGUCCUUGCCGUGGGCAGGACUUCCGCGCCCGCCGGCUGCCUCAACGUCGCCAAGAGCGGCGGGCAAUUCAGCACGAUCCAGGCGGCCGUCAACUCGCUGUCGACCUCUGCGAGCGGCAAGCAGUGCAUCUUUGUCAACCCGGGCACCUACACCGAGCAGGUGCUCGUGCCCGCGCGGACCGCCCAGCUCACCAUCUACGGGUAUACGACCGACACGUCGUCCUACACCAACAACCAGGUCGUCAUCACGGGCCGCAGGUCGCAGGCCGACGGGGUCAACAACGACAACACGGCGACGCUGCGCGUCAAGGCCAACGGGUUCAAGCUGUACAACGUCAUCGUGCGGAAUACCUACGGCGAAGGGUCCCAGGCCGUCGCGCUCAGCGCGUACGCCGACAGCGGGUACUACGGGUGCAGCCUCGAGGGGUACCAGGACACGCUGCUGGCCAACGUGGGCAGCCAGGUGUACGCGCGGACGCGCAUCGUGGGCGCGACCGACUUCAUCUUUGGCCAGCAGGCCCGCGCGUGGUUUGAGCGGUGCGACCUGCGCGGGCUCGCGCGGCAGACGGGCAUCGUCACGGCCAACGGGCGCGACGGCGACUCCAACCCGAGCUACUACGCCUUCAACCGGUGCGACCUGCGCGCCGCGGACGGGCAGAACGUCGCCGCGGGCAGUUAUUUCCUCGGCCGGCCCUGGCGCGACUAUGCGCGGGUCGUGUUCCAGAACACGGCGAUGAGCAGCAUUCUCAACGGGGCCGGAUGGCAGAAGUGGACCAGCGACCAGGACGUGUCCAAGGUCUUCUAUGGCGAGUAUGGUAACACCGGCGCCGGUGCGUCGGGUAGUCGCGCCUCGUGGACGAGGAAGCUGGGGUCGCCGGUCACGCUGGCCGAGGUGCUGGGCAGCAACUACGCGAGCGCGGCCUGGUAUGAUGGUUCCUACAUGUCGUGA